AUGGCAGACGUUCAGUUUGACAUCGGAGACUCGUGCGUCUGUCUGCACACAGGCAAUAAUCCAUAUGAGGCGAAAGUAAUCGAUAAGAAGGAUUUUCAAGGAAAACAAUGCUAUAUUGUUCACUUCAAAGGCUGGAAUUCUCGAUACGACCAGAAAAUUCCAAUCGGAGAACAUUCCACCAAAAUGUUCAAAUGCACCCUCGAAGAAUAUCAGAAUGAUCAUCAAGGAGAGCCAUCGGAGCCAAAAGCCAAGAAAAGAGGUGCCAGAGCGGUAGCAGAAGAUGCUCAACCAGAGAGCAGUUCGAAACCAGCAAAGAAAGCGGCGAAAAUCGUGGCACCCGAGACAGCUACCAGAGCUGCAGCAGAAGAUGCUCAACCAGAGAGCAGUUCGAAACCAGCGAAAAAGACGGUAAAAAUUGUGGCGCUCGAGAUCGCAACAGAGCCAGUCAAUGGUGAACAGCAUCAUAAUGACCAUCAAGGAGAGCCAUCGGAGCCAAAAGCCAAGAAAAGAGGUGUCAGAGCGGUAGCAGAAGAUGCUCAACCAGAGACUGGUUCGAAACGAGCAAAGAAAGUGGCGAAAAUCGUGGCACCCGAUACAGCUACCACAGCUGCAGCAAAAGAUGCUCAACCAGAGAACAGCUCGAAACCAACAAAGAAAGCGGCAAAAACUAUGGCACCCGAAGCCGCAGCAGAGCAAGUCAACGAAGGUGCUUCCUCAGUUUCAAGAUCUUCCAAAAGAAAACCAGCGGUAGAGACUAAAUCCAAGCCUGAUUCCAAAGAUCUGUUCGAGAUCGGUGAAGAUUGUGUCUGUAUCCAUGAUAACGAGGCUUAUGAGGCAAAAGUGCUUGACAUCAAAGAACUUCAAGGAACGAAAAAGUAUAUUGUCCAUUUCAAGGGAUGGAAUAAUCGUUACGACCAAAAGAUUUCUGUCGGAGAGGAGUCUGGAAAAAUGUUCAAAGAAACUCUCGAAGAAUACAAGAAAAAAUACGGAGAUCUCCAUGGAGAAGGACCUUCUGAGCCUGCUCCCAAAAAGAAGACACCAAAGAAGGCUUCAGCACCAAAGACAACUCCAGCUCCGCAACAACAGGUCGAUCCAAUCGACAACAUGACGAACUUCACGAUCGUGGCAGUCACCCCAGCUCAUGCUGAUCAUCUUAUUGGAAUGAUCCAUGAACUUGCGGAGUUCGAAAAAAUGAAGACCAGUGUUGUGAACACCGCUGAGAAGCUUCGUAAGGAUAUUACGAACAAAUCUGUCCAUGGUUUCAUCGCAUUCGAUGGAGAAGAACCAGCUGGAAUGAAUCUCUACUACUACGCGUAUUCUACUUGGGUUGGUCAGUACAUCCACAUGGAAGAUCUCUACAUCCGUCCACAGUUCCGUCGUAAGGGACUUGCUCGCACUCUCUGGAAGAAACUCGCCCAAGUCGCAAAGGACAAGGAAAUCGGGAGACUCGAAUGGGCCGUUCUCGACUGGAACAAGGAUGCCAUUGCACUGUACGAUACUGUCGACUAUGCUAAUAUGACGGAGAAAGAAGGAUGGCUUACAUUCCGCAUGGACGGAGCUGCAAUCCAAAAGUUUGCUGAUGAAUGA